GGGCCUUACGAGCAUGAAAAUUAAUGCAGGUUAGAAUUUCUAAUUUUGAAAAUGUACAUAUGGUUGGUGUUUUUUUUUUUUUUUUUUAAUCUUGGUAUUCAUUUUGAAUAAAUCAUUUGCUGCAUGUGCUGAUUUGAAGUAUCUUUGUACUUGUUUUUAAACAUACUGCAGAUUUUGGAAAUGCAUCUUUAAUUGGUGUCUAUUAUCUUUCCAGUAUUCCAACCUAAUUUUGCAAGCAUGAGGGGAGGCCACCGUUAAGCUUAUUUUAUUUUUAAGCCAUGCAAAUGACCAUGUCACUCAGUUGAUCACAGACAACCAUCACUGUGUCCAUCUGUUUGUAAGUCAGCAGGCAACUAUCGAGUUAAUGGAGAACGACGGAGGGAUUCUGAUUGUGCAUUCUAGUCAGUGGACGGCUCAAUUGAUUAUUGACUCAACCAGUGAAAAUUAUUCCUUUACCUGCCCUUUGUUGAAAUUCCUGCCUGCAACAAAUUUCUUUCAUGGAGAUUAUUUUUGUAUUUUUCCUGCUAAUUUUACCCUUCCUUAUCAUUCCUUUAGUUUAAUUAGAAUGAUUUGGAAUGGUAAAUUGAAUUGUUAAUGGGGACUGCAUUGUCAGGAAAUACAGCGCGGUAAUCCUCCCUCACUAUAUCCUAGGGGGAUCCCGAGAAGCUCCUUUUCUGAUCCUUUUAUUAUAUUCCAGGACUCCUCCUGGGUCAUCUCCCAGCUGAAUGUGCAACUCAGCAAAGUGCUGCAUUUAUUUUCCCAGAGUGGAAAACAAUUCAGGCUUUUUGUUGCAUUUUACCAUCUUGUGUUCGAGAGUUUGCCCCAGUGAAGCUCCUCCCUCGAGCCAGGGAAGCGCGGGAACUCGUUCAUUCCAGCCCAUUGUUGUCUGAACGCCGAACCGAGGGGGGGAAUGGAGGACGUCCACAGAUGGAGCGCGUAACGGCGUCUGUUAAAGCAGAUCCGUGUUGCUUUGCGACGAAAAUGAGAAGAGGCAAUGGUCCAUGCCAGCCCGAGGUGUGUUUAGAUUUGAUAAGCAUCUGAUCUGAAGGCCGCCUGAGUGAUGUCUGUGUGACAAGUUCAGUGCAAAGGGGCCCGAGCCGACACUACAGUGUGCAUCCGUGUUGUGCGAGGAUACAAACCAUGUGGCUUGCUACAUUUAAAGACCAUCUGCUGCCUGCGCACCUGCUCCACCAGCAAGGGACGGUAACCAUUACCCACUGUGCUCUGCUCUGGUGGAUAUUAUGCUCCUGCUGGUCAUUUACCAAGGCCACAAGCCAAAAGUUCUACCCCACAGUGACCACCCAGUUCGGGAAGCUGCGAGGCCUCAGGGUCCCCGUGCCCAGCGAGGUGCUCAGGCCCGUCGACCAGUAUCUAGGGGUGCCCUACGCCGCCCCGCCAGUGGGAGACAAGCGUUUCAUGCCCCCGGAUCAGCCAUCCGCUUGGUCGGGUAUCAAGAAUGCCACCCACUUCAUGCCCGUGUGCCCUCAGAACAUCCACAGCACUGUGCCAGAGAUAAUGAUGCCUAUUUGGUUCACCUACAACCUGGACACGGUGGCCUCAUACAUCCAGGAUCAGAGCGAGGACUGUUUAUAUCUCAACAUCUACGCUCCGACAGAGGAAGGGAGCCAACACAAGAAAAAGGGGGCAUCUUUUUCUCACGCUGAGACUCAUAUAUCAGAAGAUAUAAGGGACUCGGAAGCUCGACCUGUGAUGGUGUACAUCCACGGAGGCUCCUAUAUGGAAGGCACCGGGAACAUGAUGGAUGGCAGCGUGCUGGCCAGCUAUGGGAACGUUGUUGUUGUCACGCUCAACUACAGAAUUGGAAUAUUAGGCUUCCUUAGUACUGGAGACCAGGCCGCAAAAGGAAAUUACGGACUCCUCGAUCAAAUCCAAGCCCUACGUUGGAUCAGUAAGAACAUCAACUACUUUGGAGGGGACCCGGGUCGUAUCACCGUUUUUGGAUCUGGAAUCGGAGCUUCCUGCGUGAGCCUACUGACACUAUCCCACCACUCAGAAGGUUUAUUCCAUAGAGCCAUCAUACAAAGCGGUUCCGCGCUCUCCAGCUGGGCUGUCAACUACCAGCCGGUCAAGUACACUCGCAUGCUGGCGGAGAGGGUGGGCUGCAAUGUGUUGGACACCGUGGACAUGGUCUCCUGCCUGCAGAAGAAGACCGCAAAGGAGCUGGUGGAGCAAGACAUCCAACCCGCCCAGUACCGCGUGGCUUUUGGGCCGGUAAUCGAUGGGGACGUCAUCCCCGACGACCCCGAGAUACUGAUGGAGCAAGGCGAGUUCCUCAACUAUGACAUCAUGCUCGGUGUCAAUCAGGGUGAGGGUCUGCGUUUUGUGGAGAACGUGAUGGACUUGGAGGACGGCGUGUCCGGAAGCGACUUUGACUUUGUCGUAUCCGACUUUGUGGACAGUUUGUAUGGCUACCCGGAAGGGAAGGACACGCUGAGGGAGACAAUUAAGUUCAUGUACACAGACUGGGCCGAUAAGGACAAUCCGGAAACCAGGCGGAAGACUCUGGUGGCUCUGUUCACGGACCACCAAUGGGUGGAACCCUCGGUGGUGACGGCCGACCUGCACGCCCGCUACGGCUCGCCAACCUACUUCUAUGCCUUCUAUCACCACUGCCAGAGCCUCAUGAAGCCCGUUUGGUCGGACUCGGCCCACGGCGACGAGGUGCCCUACGUCUUCGGCAUCCCCAUGGUCGGCCCGACUGACCUGUUUCCCUGCAACUUCUCCAGGAAUGACAUCAUGCUCAGCGCCGUGGUUAUGACGUAUUGGACCAAUUUUGCCAAGAGCGGGGAUCCCAACAAACCCGUACCGCAGGAUACAAAGUUCAUCCACACCAAAGCCAACCGCUUUGAGGAGGUGGCCUGGUCCAAGUAUGACCCCUACGACCAGCUCUACCUACACAUUGGCCUCAAGCCUCGCAUCCGUGAUCACUACCGCGCCACCAAGGUGGCCUUUUGGAAGCACCUCGUGCCCCAUCUCUACAACCUCCACGACAUGUUCCAUUACUCCUCCACCACCACCAAGGUCACACCGCUGGAUCCCACCCAAUCCGCCGGCAAGCGAUCCGGAGGCACCGGCCGGCCCCCCGUGUCCACGGGCCUCAACGGCGAUGAAAGCGGGAGAGAAAUGGGUCCUCUGAUCAUGCCCAACCCCAGAGAUUACUCCACGGAACUCAGCGUCACCAUCGCCGUGGGGGCUUCUCUGCUCUUCCUCAACGUGCUGGCCUUCGCCGCUCUCUACUACCGCAAAGACAAACGCAGCCGGCAGGAAACCUCGCAGCAGCCCAGUCCUCAACGCGACAGCAAAGGCAACGUUAGCCACGCCGCCACUGUGGACGAGACCCUGUCCAGGAACCAGUGCGAGGCCCUCCACAAUCCCAUUCACGUGUCUCCCACCAUGGACUACACCCUAAACCAGCGCCGCUCUCCCGACGACAUCCCGCUGAUGACGCCCAACAACAUCACCAUGAUCCCCAACUCGCUGAUGGGUCUCUCCAACAUGAGUCCGUACAGCACCUUCCCCGCCGGCUACAGCUCCGCAGGCCUGCCCAGCACUCACUCCACCACACGUGUAUAACUUGGCCGCAGUCCAGACCUGUGGUACGCUUCAAGACACGUCCAUGUAAAGCUGUAUUUAGGAUGUUUAGAUAAAAUAGGAUUGAAUAUGUUUGGGGUUUUAUUUUUAUUUUUUCUUUCCAAGCAAGCUUCAGCUUUCUGCCUUUGCUCUGUCAUAACAGGAAGUCUUAAGAGCAGUCAUUUUCACGCUCGUUUUUCCGCAAUGACACGCAAAAGAAACAAACAAAAAAUUGUCAUUUUACACCACGGCUUUUUGGGAAUUUCCCCUUGAAAGAACUAACAAUCAUGUUUUUACAGUUGGAUUUGUAUGGGAAGCUCUUUCUUAGUAUCUAUUUUGAUCUCAUGGAGCUAUGGGGCGUCACAACUCAUCGCAGAUGGAGAUGAGAUGUUGAAGAAGCAGAAAACAGCAGUAUUGCUAUUAUUGAUAUUUUAUACAUAUUUCUCAUUGCUUCUUAUGAAGAUGUAUUUUUACCGCCGUUCGUUUCCAGCAGCUUAACGUAAUUCAAUUGAAAAUGGACUCCAAUACAGGUCCGUAUGAGUGUCUCCAAAAUACCUGACAAUUUCUACUAACGCACCUUCACACAUUAGUUAGGUUGGUGAGGAGGUGUCUCAGCAAAAAAAAAAAAAAAAAUUAAAAAAAAAUUGUAAAUUAGGCAUUCUUAUCAAAAGAAAUGUUUUGCAUAUAUAGUGUUGUGUAAUUUAUCGUAGUAUAUUUCAGUAUCCUUGCUCCUUUUUUCCUUUCAAGUUUUUAAGUCUGAGUUAUUUUUGCUUAAUACAUUGUACGAAUAUAACCUCUGCUUCACUAGAGAAAACUUUAGGCUUGAAAUGUGUUUUCGUACUCUAACAAACUCUCAAUUCUUUUUGGCUUUGCUUGUUUGUACAGAAUAACAUUUGAUUGCUAUUUCUUUAUUCAUAUUCUAAACUCUUCAAAGAGAUACCUGUAAUCACAUUGUAAGUGUACGUAUUACAAAGCGACUUAUGGCAUUUAAAAUGUACCGGUAGUUUCAUCAAAGCCACAAGUCACUGAUCCUUUUGGUGGUUUGGGACCUUGGACAUACCGACUUCUACGCUUGGUUGUCUUGUUUUCUGAAGGACAUGAUGGACUUUAAGAUUUUAGUUCUUGCCACCAGUCAUAAUGUGGUUUAACCUAUUAAACAAUUUUUUCCAACUA